UUCAGUUCUCCCGUGUCACGCGCUGCUCUAUACACUGUCUGUCACGAAUGGCUGACACGGAAGAGGAAAACGUACAGAGACAAAUCGAUGAAGUGGAAGCUCUUACGUCAAUAUAUGGAGAUGAAUGGUGUGUAAUUGAUGAAGCGGAAAGGAUUUUCUGUAUUACGAUCUCUGACUCUUCAAAUAAACCCACAUGGACUCUGUGCUUACAGGUCAUUCUUCCACCAGACUACCCAGUUGCCUCACCUCCUCUUUAUCAGUUAAAUGCUCCCUGGCUCAGGGGGGAAGAUCGUUUAACACUGUCUAAUUGUUUGGAAGAAAUGUAUUUACAGAACCUUGGGGAGAACAUCCUUUAUCAAUGGGUGGAAAAAAUAAGGGAAUUUCUGGUGGAGAAAUCACAGACCUCAGAUCCAGGGCCUAGUUUAAAAAGUACGUCAGAGGAAACCGAUGUGGGUGAUGAUUGUGAAGUCUCAACUGAUGAACUGACUGAAUCAUUUAAAAACUCAAUGAUUUUCGGAAUGAACUAUUCAUCAGGAGUUGAAGAAAUACCUCCGAUAGUACAUGGCGAAACAAUAAGUGACAGAAGAAGUACAUUUCAGGCACAUUUGGCUCCUGUAGUCAGCCCUUACCAGGUCAAGCUGAUACUGAAUAAGCUCUAUGAGAACAAGAAAAUAGCUACAGCUACGCACAAUAUUUAUGCAUAUAGGAUAUAUAUCAAAGAGCGAAAUUCUUUUAUACAAGAUUGCGAGGAUGAUGGUGAAACCGCAGCAGGAAAACGAAUGCUCCACCUCAUGCAGAUAUUGGAUGCACGUGAUGUCAUGGUAGUGGUUUCACGCUGGUAUGGAGGUAUCCUCCUUGGACCCGAUCGCUUUAAACAUAUCAACAACUGUGCAAGAAAUGUAUUAAUGGAACACAACUAUUGUAGUACUGUGGAAGAGUCUUCUAAGCAAACUUCAAAGAGCAAAAAAAGUAGCCAAAGAAAAUAAAAAGAAGACAGAUCAUUAAUCUUUGUGUAUAUAUGUCACUUAAUUAUUCCUAAUGUUAUUUAAUUAUAUUUACCACCCCAACACCCUUUGUUAUAGUCAACACACUAUCCCAGGCUUUUCCUACAGAAGGUGACUAUUAUCCUUAUGCAUGAGAGGAACAGACUCUCCUUUAUAAGGAGACAUUGAUUUAACAUUGACGACAGAAAAGAUUUUACGUUGGAGAAAAUUGGAAGGCCUUCAUAUCAGCUUAAAGACUUAAAGAUCACAAAAUCAAGCCACUUCUAAUAAGGCUUUGAUAAAUAGAUGCUGCCGAAAGAUGGAGUGCUUUAUACAAAUAAAAACGUUUAUUGUUUAUACCUUG